AACAUUUACAUUUCCACACUGCCCCAAACCAUACAAGGUUCGGGAACAGCUGCGUCAAGGAGAUGACGUAGUCUGUGAAAGACCGGCCCUACAGGCACUGGGAGUGUCAUGCAAACCAGAGGGAGGUUCGAAGCUGAGAAGGGAAAGUAGUGGAGUGUGCUAUUUUUUGAAGGUGUUCGUUAUCUCACUGAUCGUACAGGGCUGUGUACAGCAUUACAGUCAGAGGCUCCAGGUUCAAGACUCUCCAGUCUGGUGUUGCAGACAGAUACGUUUGCUUGUGUUUUUAUUUUGUUAUAAAGUCCGUAAGCUAUGUCAUUAAAAAAAGUAGUCUUACAGGGUCCUGCACCGUGGGGAUUCCGAUUAGUCGGUGGAAAGGAUUUCGAGCAGCCUUUGGCAAUCUCACGGGUGACUCCAGGGAGCAAGGCUGCACUGGCUAAUCUGUACGUUGGUGACUUCAUUGUGGCCAUUGAUGGUGAGGGCACAGAGAACAUGACUCACUUAGAGGCUCAAAACAAGAUCAAGAGCUGUGUGGAUGAGCUGCCUCUGUCAGUAAACAGGAGUGAAGCAAAGGUCUGGUCACCGCUUGUCAGUGAAGAGGGAAAGACUCACCCAUACAAGAUGAACUUAGCUUCUGAACCUCAGCAGAGACCAGUCAAGUUUCAGCGUGCAUUCAGCUUAACGUCAUCUCCAAGUUCAAGCAGCUCUCUCUCUCCCACUGCUUCCUUCCAAGCUCCUUUUGCAUCUGUCUAUGACCCUUUGCAGUCACACUCUUUGUCUGCUAUUUCAAGGAGGCACAGCACACCCUCCUUUCCAAGCCAAAUGAGAGUAGGUCCUGAAGAGCUGAAACAGGUUGCUCAGUGUCGCCUUAACAGCCCCGUGGAGGUGGAUGUUCCUGGGAUCAAAGUACUGCAUGCGCAGUUUAACUCCCCCUUACAGAUCUAUUCACAAGAAAACAUAAUGGACACUUUGCAGGGGCAGAUCUCAACAAGAAACCCAGUUUUAAUCAGUUCAGAACCACAGAAGCCUGCAUCUGUUCCAGCAGUACAUCAAGAUUCUGAGGUUUUCAAAAUGCUACAGGAGAAUCAAGACUCGCAUGAGCCACCCAAGCAGUCCACUUCUUUCCGAGUGCUCCAGGAAAUCCUAGAAGGAGACUCUGAUAAACCAUCAGGAUUCAGAAGUGUUAAGGCUCCUACAACAAAAGUAGCCUCAUCAUUGGGAGGUGGUCAGAAGCUGCCAGUAUGUGAUCAGUGUGGAGCAGGCAUUGUUGGUAUCUUUGUGAAACUUCGUGACCAGCAUCGCCACCCAGAAUGCUAUGUCUGUACUGACUGUGGCACAAAUCUGAAACAGAAAGGACAUUUCUUUGUGGAGGACAAGAUCUAUUGUGAGACGCAUGCCCGGGAGAGGGCAACUCCACCAGAAGGCUAUGACGUUGUCACUGUUUUCCCAAAAUGAGUGCAACCAUAAAAGUUUUAGUACACCGACUCCAGAAAAAAACUGCCUUAUCUGCAAUUUUUGUUCCUUUAACAAAAUACUUAGCAUAAACUUUUUAAAUGCUAUAGAAGAAUAUCUGGUCAUCAUAUUGUUUGAAUUUUACUGCCUUACUGUGUGAUAUUUACAUAAUAAUGCAGAUAAAUUUAUAGGUAUUUUUCUACUACAUAGACAUUUAAUCAGAUAAACCUGCAUGUGAUAAUUAAAAAAUGCAUAACUUUGGGAAUAUGUGACAGUUGUACAGUUGCAAAAUGUUUUCAAGUAUAAUUCUUCCACAAACUAUGUUUGAUGUAGUAAGAUAGUGAUCAGAAACCAUGAAAGAGAAAUAAACCUGUGUAAAGUAUAUCAAAA